AUGAACGCUACUAUUGAGCAGCUGUCAAUACCCACGUCAUUACUGUUGGAUACUGUGUCGUAUCCUGAAAGAAACAGCAGCAUGGACUGUGUAAAUAUCCAAAAACUAGACCAAGACAGCAGUCUCGAUGGUGAAGAUAUAGAACUGUCUUUAAUGCAAACGUUUUUGAUAAAUAUAGCUAGAAAAACAUACCAGGAGGCAUUGGUGCUUGCAAAAGAAAUUUUAAAACUAUAUCCGCAAAAUACUCUCAUUGCAAACUACGUGCCCGUACUUGAAGAAAGAAUCGAGCAAUUGAAACAGACAUCUCAAGAUUCAAAAAGCCAAGUGGUAGAUCACAAAACAGAUACUGAGUCAAGUGAUGACGACAGCGACGAAGAAUCAGAGGAUAGCAGCAGUGAGGAUUCUGAAGCACAAUCAGAUUCAAGUGAUUCGGAAAAUGAGAUUGAAAAUAAAAAUUAA